CGGCGCGCCUGCGCGGCCGGGCCGCGGGUGAUGCUGCUCCGGAGCUUGGUUGGGGGAGGCCGCACGGUGGCCGCCGCUGCCUGCGGUCCGGGGCCACGUGGACCCUCCAGCUGGGACAGGUGCCAAAGGCUUCCUGGAGGCGGCAGCGUUCUUUACAGGCCGCAUGCCUGGGUCCAAGUCCGUGAAGGCCACAGAGAUUUUGGGAAGGACCAUGUAGAGGAGGGCUCUCAAUCAGGUGCAGAUGGCACAGGGCAGCCCAAGUCGUCCUUGCCUGGCAGGGGCCCCCCAGAAGCCCUGUAUCCCCCGCCGCCUGACCUCCAGCCCCCCACAAACUGCUGCAUGAGUGGCUGUCCCAACUGUGUGUGGGUGGAGUAUGCAGAUGCACUGCUGCGGCAUUACCGAGACGGUGGUCAGAGGGCCCUGGCUGCCCUCGAGGAGCACGUGGCUGAUGAGAACCUCAAGGCCUUCCUCAGGAUGGAGAUCCAGCUCCGAGUGAGGAGUGGAGGCUGAGCCGACUUGCCCAACACCCACGCCAGCUCCAACCUGACAGCUCCUUCUCAGGAAGCAGCACGGAGCUUUACCCGUGGCCCUUCGUGAGGCCGGAGUCAGGAAUAGAAGGAAUUAUUUAAUGACUUUAUCUGAGAAUAAAUAAGUCUCUAUGGUGA